GGAGAAUUGGAUUUAGGUGCUUUUACUUAUAGUUAUAGUGGCCGCUUUGCACCAGAUGAUUUAUACUACGUUGAAAAAUGGAAAGAACGAUUUAAUCAUGAGGAAGUAAAACAAUUAAUUGCAGUUGGUUUUCAAAAAAACAUUAAAAGCAAUGAUGAAAAAUAUAAUGAAUAUUCUGUUGAAGUGAUAGCCAACUUCAAGCUCGAUAUUGAAGUAAUUAUUCCAUUAAAAAAAAUAGAAAGAGAGAAACGGAGCAGAUCUGACCGUUAUCUAGAGGAGAAAAGUUACUAUAACAAUAACGAUAUUACUGAAAAUAAAAUAAACGUAGUUUCAAUUGUUGAUAAAUUAAUACCCGAUCCAGACUUGAAAGAAAG